GGGUUUUCUCAACACCAAAAACCAUCUCAUUUAAGCUCAAAUGCUCAAUCCAUCUCUUCAAAACCGACCUCCUGAUAAACCACUCUCGGAAAACCACUCAUUGGAAAGAUGUUGGAAUGCCGGAGCUUCUACUUAUGGAUGGCUCAAGUUCUAUUUCUAAUGGGUGUAAUAGCACUUCUAUUAUGGGUCAGCUUAAGUCCCAAACGCCCCACUUACACCAUCAUCCAUCUCUCCGUCCCGGCAUUGAAUGGCCGGAAUACCACCUUACCUGUCGACGAUGCUAGCAUGAAUACCACUGUCGAUUUCUGGCUGGAAAUCACCAAUCCAAACAACGAAAGCGGUAUUUAUUACGACGACAUAAACAUCACUAUAUAUUUUGAUGAUGAGAAUGUGGGUGCAACAACGAUAAGUUCUUUCAAUCAAGGCUACGAGAAGAGCAUCCGACCAGAGAGUGUUUAUACCAAUAGGCGGUUUUCCAAAGCAGUUUACAGGGCGGUUUCAAGUGGGACAAUGGAUUUGAAGGUAGGUGUGGCGACAAAGUUUCGGAACAAGACAUGGGGUUUGAAAAGUAAACAUCAUGGGAUGGACUUGCAAGGAACGGUGAAGAUUGGAUCAGAUGGUAAGAUUUAUAGGAAGAAUAAGAAGGUAAAGCUUCAUCACACUCCCAAGAAAUGGAGACUGCAUUUUACAGGUAGGGAUUGAGAUGUAUCAUGUGGUGUUUGGUGGCCAACCUGACACCAUUUGGGCUGUGUUUGAUUGGAUAAUCCUUAUUGUGGGGAAUCAUGUGGUGGGCCAUAAACCUGGAAUUGUGAUGGACGGGUGGAAAAUGAUGCAGAAAGGAGUGACGUUCCUCAUUUACAAUACCCGAAUGGUUAGGAUUGUGGGGUCCCUGAAAUUGUGGGCUAUUGCCCAUUCUCGUGAUGGCCCAGAUGAUCAACUGUCAAGAUUA